AAAGAUGUAAAGUAUCAUAUAUAAUAUUAUAAAAAAUGAUCGGUGAAAAGAAAUGUAGAGAAUUGAGGGAGAUAGAUUAUAAAAUAAGAUUGAUGUUACGUGGACGAACGUCAAUAAUCAAAUGGAAGGGCGCGUCGAUAUUGACCAAUACUAAAAAAGACGCCUUUUACGUAUUUAUAAAGAGUAAAUCCGCGUCUCUUCGACAUGCGCUCUGACAAUCGCCUUCCUCUUCCGUGCCCCUCUCUCUUCCACCUUGUUAGUUCGUCCACUUGGGUCGGGAUCCCUCUAGUAGUCAUAGCAUGUAAUGUCCGUUCCUGCGCGAUCGUGGUGCGCGUUCGACAAAAUUUCGGAAAGCUCACAACCAAAUUUUCCAGUAGAGAAAAGAAAGAUUUCUUAGUGUUAUAGUUGAAAAACAUUGUGCAAGGAUAGUAGAACAUAAAGGAAAGUAGGAAGCUUUGUUAAUAUCUCUAUCGUGAAAACCCUUUGUGUAUGUGCAUUAUUUGAAGAGAGAUAUCGAAGGUCCAAAGUAAGAAGAAAUACAUUGUUAAUUGUUGUCUCUUGGACAAACGUGGUUAUAGCAAAAAUUAUGUCAGUAUUGAAUCAGAGUGGAGAGGACGCUGUAGAGUGUCCAUUGUGCAUGGAACCGUUGGAGGUUGACGAUUUAAACUUCUUUCCGUGUACAUGCGGCUACCAAAUAUGCAGGUUUUGUUGGCAUAGAAUACGUACGGAUGAAAAUGGGUUAUGUCCCGCGUGCCGGAAGGCCUAUUCCGAAAACCCCGCUGAUUUUAAGCCUCUUACAAAGGAAGAAAUUGCAAGGUUAAAAGCAGAAAAGAGAUUGAAGGAUCAGCAGCGUAAACAAAGAGUUACUGAAAAUCGUAAACAUCUAGCAAAUGUGAGAGUAGUUCAAAAAAAUUUAGUAUUCGUAGUAGGAUUACCAAUGCGAUUGGCGGACGCGGAUGUAUUAAAGAGGCACGAGUAUUUUGGAAAAUUUGGUAAGAUUCAUAAAGUAGUGAUCAAUCAAAGCACUUCUUACGCAGGGUCUCAGGGCCCCAGCGCUUCGGCAUAUGUCACCUACCAACGUCAGGAAGAUGCUUUGCGUGCUAUAGAGGCUGUGAAUAAUAUCGUUGUGGACGGUCGGACAAUAAAAACGUCAUUGGGUACAACAAAGUACUGUUCACAUUUUAUGCGCAAUCAGGUGUGUCCUAAACCAGACUGUAUGUAUUUACACGAUCUCGGGGACCAGGAGGCUUCUUUUACAAAAGAGGAAAUGCAUCAAGGGAAACAUCAGGAAUAUGAGCGUAAACUCGUUCAAUCUUUACACGCUCAUGCAUCAGCAUUGCAGCGAAAACCAACACCAUCGCCACCUGUUACAAGUAGUAUCAGUCGUGAAAAUGGUACUACAAAUUCACAAGCCAAGGAAGCAUGGCCUUCGUUACAACCAGGACAAACAAAUAACACACAAAUGACUUGUAAAGAAUCAUCACCACCUACCCAAACAACUUCACAACAACAUAGCAUAAUUAAUGGUAGCAGUCUUACCACCCAGCAAACGCAUAUAUCAUCCGGAGGUUCUAUACAUCAACAAAAUAACAAUAAUAAAGGGGAAAAUGGCAUGGGUCUACGUAGAGGCAAAAGUAAUAGUGAAAGUAAGGCACAAGCAGCGCGAAAUAAACAUAAAAAUUGUCAAAAUAAAGAGAAACAUAGUACUCGAACAACGUCACGUUCUGAAUCAAGCUCAAUUAGUGUACAAAAUAAUGUGCAACCACAAGUGAAUGGUCAGAAGGAUAUAAGAAAUUUUUCAGCCGAAACGAAUAGUGAUGUAUUGCAAAAGUUAGGCAAUAAGUGUAAGAUUGAACAACAACAGCAACAGCAGCAACAACAACAACAGCAACAACAACAGCAGCAGCAGCAACAACAACAACAACAACAGCAGCAGCAGCAGCAACAGCAGCAACAACACCAGCAACAGCAAUCUAACAAAAUUUCUAAACCGGCACAACAACCAUCUAAUGAACUUAAAAUAAAUGGUAUAGUUCAAAAUGGGGAGCGACGACAUUCGGAUAGUGAAACGGAUCAACAACGAGAAGGUAGCACACCAGCUAGUACAAUUUCAAGUUCAGAAGAGUCUAAUGUAAAUCAUCAAGUGGAACAAUUAGUGGAAUCGAGUGAGGAGAACAAUGGUGCUGCAAUUUUAGGUUCAUCACCUGCUAGCACAAAUUCAUCGCAAGGUGCCAAUCAACAGCCACCACCUGGGCUGCAUAAUGGGUCUCAAAUGCAACUUAAUCAUCGGUCAAUCUUUCAGGCGGACAAUAAUAGUUUCUUCAGUACAAAUACCUUCCAAAAAAUAUCUACAGCCGCCUCUGUCACAUCCAAUUCCUUAACAGGAAAUACAAAUUUGGAUUGGACGAGUACAGGCUUGGCUUCCAUUCCCGAUUCUUUACCCACAACAGUUCACUCGAGCGAAGAUUGGCAAGCAGCAUUUGGUUUUCAUCCUGAAUCUACGCGAUCGAAUCAUAUUGUACGAAAAAUUAGCCCUUCUAAUUCACCGCGAGUAACUUUCAACUCUGAAGAUUUUGCAGAAGAAGAAGCGUACAGUAAUUCGCAGUAUAACGCAAUUUCCGAAUCUUCUAUCAACUUUCAAACAAAUUUGCUUGUUAACUCACCUGCAUCUAAGUUUAUGGCAGACUUUCAACAAAAUUCAUUGCAACAAAGGCUUGCUAUGCAAGCACAACAGAAUCAAGAAAAUUGUGAAUAUAUCAAGCAAAACGGACAUGCAACUUUAAAAGAAGUUCAAAAUCAUCAUGAAUCUGGAUCCGAUGUAAAAGCUGAUGAUGAUUUAGGUUUCGAUCCCUUUCACGAAACGCAAAAGGCUCUUGCGGAAUUGAUGGAAAAUGAAAUGCAGUUACAACAACAAAGAUUAUUUCAACAGCAGCAACAGCAACAGCAGCAGCAGCAACAACAACAACAACAACAACAACAGCAGCAGCAACAACAACAACAACAAAGGGAACGAGAAGAACAAAGUAGGGUACAACAUCAACAAAGUCUUGCGAAUAUUGGUCAGCAGCACUUUCCACAGGUUGCACAUAUAGCACAUCUGCAGCAACAAGCGCAACACUUGCAAAAUUUGCAAGUGCUUCAACAAUCGCAUUCCCUCCUGUCUCGUCUUCCGCAGAAUCUUCUUCAAAGCGGUACACAGAGUCCUGCACAGAAUUCCGUAACAGCUGCUAAUCUGGCACAACGCAGUCGUCUCCCUCCGCCAGGUUUUCCUGGUGCAACCCCAAAUCACAUGAACUCUUUUGGUCUUGGUAUACCGCGGCCUGCCCCUACAAACAAUGCCCUCACGGGAACACAACCAUCGCAACAAAGUGCGUAUCUUCCAAAUGGAAAUCCUCUACUCAAUACGCAAGGUAUCGGUAAAUGCGCAGGCGAUACUAUUUACACGUUAAAAGAUUGGUGUGAGAUAAGUAGCCAACAACAACAACAGCAAUUUCAUCAUCAAGCAUUGCAUCAAAAAGGGGGAUGGAACAACUUUGGGCCUAUCGCAGAUUGGACUUCAAUUGAUCCAGCUAUCGUUAGUUCAUCUAGGCCUCUUUCAUUCCAAACUACUAGCACAUGGCAAUUUCCACAUGUACAUCCUACUCACACAGUAUCUCACAAUGCGCAACAGGAACAGAAUGCACCAGCUCAGCAUUGGGCAAUGCAACCACCGCCGGGUUUUGGUGCGCCUGCAACUACAGGGCAAAUAAGUAAUCAACAAGCGAACACAGCUGCACAGCCGCACACCAAAUUAAUCUCUACGACAACAUCAGAGAUCGAGAAUUUAUAAAGAUUACGAACACACCAAGUCUACAAAUGACAUGGUGAAAUAUUUGUAUCCGAUUAAAUGAAAACCAGAAAAGAAAUUA